CUGCGGUACCUUGGCGGCAGGGGAGGCGGCGAUGGAUGCAACCGCCACCGAACGCCGCCGGCUGUUUUGAGAAUCUGCGAGAAGGAAGGGAGCCGAGCCGCGUUAUUUUUGGGAGACCUUAUCUCACUCCCCCUCCCGCGUUUAGGUAGCGUCUGGUGGGGGGUGUGCAGGCCCCAUGGAAGGGCGCUGGCGGCGACUGCGGUGGUGGCGGCGGCUGCUGCAGGCGGCAGAAAUCCGACCCCGCCGGCGCGCGGACUGAAGAGGCGCAAAGGAGAGCGGCAGCCGCUAACAAAAGCCCUCGGCGGCGCGGGGGCCCGAGCACCGGACACGCGCGCGAAACUCCAUCAAGGGAGCUCAGCCAUGGUGGAUCCUGUGCCUCGAGAGGAGAAUGCGGGAGCAGAGCCCGGAGGUUCGGGCGGGAAUGGGGCGGCCGCAUCCGUCGCCCCCGACGCCCAGGGCGCCCAGCAACCCGCCACCCCCUCGGCCUCGGCCUCGGCGGCGGUGCCCCGCAAGGCGGAUGUCCCGUGCGCAGCAGAAGGCGGGCGGCGGGAGCAGUCCCCCAUGCUGCACCUCGACCUCUUCAACUUCGACUGUCCCGAGGCUGAGGGCAGCCGCUACGUGCUGACCAGUCCCCGUUCGCUGGAGGCCUGCGCCCGCUGCGCCGUCAAGCCCGUGGAGCUGCUCCCGCGCGCCCUGGCCGACCUGGUGCGCGAGGCUCCGGGCCGCUCCAUGCGCGUGGCCACCGGCCUGUACGAGGCCUACGAGGCGGAGCGGCGAGCCAAGCUGCAGCAGUGCCGGGCGGAACGCGAGCGCAUCGUGCGCGAGGAGAAGCGGCGCCUCUUCACGCCUUUGGGCCCCGCGGCCGCGGCCCCCAGCGCGGGCAGCAGUAGCAGCUGCAGCAGCGCCAGCCUGCCGGCCUCGCCCGCGCCGCGCGGCCCCCGCAAGGCCUCCUCCAGCCCUUCCCCCGCCCGCAGCCAACCUCCCCCUGCAGGGUCGCGGACCGGGAGGAAGAGCCACUCUCUGGACUCGCUGUCUCGCCGACGGGAUGGCGCCCUGAGCUCCGAGUCUGGCGCGUCGUCGUCGUCCUACAGCGGCGAGAGCCUGCGCGAGACGCGCUGGUCGUCGCGCGCCACGGCCAGGCACAGCUACCCGGCGGGGUCGGCGGCGUCCGUCCCCAACCCGACCGGGCGCCCGUCCGCCCUGGCCCUGCCUCCGAUCCCCAGCCGGAGCUUCAGCCUCGGCGACCUGAGCCACUCGCCGCAGACGGCGCAGCACGUGGAGCGCAUCGUGCGCCAGGUCCGCGCCGAGCGGGGCCUGCGCGGGGUGCCCGAGCGCGACCGCAAGAUCGCGGCGCUGAUGCUGGCGCGCCACCAGGAGGAGCGCCUGUUGCUGGAGCAGCGCGCCGCGGCCCACGGCCAGUGGGAGCAGCAACGCUUGCGCGCCGAGCAGCGGCGGGAGCGCGAGGAGCGCGAGAAGCAGCGCGUGCUGGAGCAGGGCCGGCGGGCCUGGGCGGCGCAGGUGGAGGAGCGGCGGGGCCGGCGCGGCCGCGAGGAGCGCGAGACGGCGCGGCGGCGGCAGCGGCAGUACGAGCGCAGCGAGGAGCGGCGCCGGGAACUGAGCGAACGCCAGGGCCUACUGCGGCGGGAGCGGGCGGAGCGCGCGGCCCAGGAGGACCGGCUGCGCAAGCUGCAGCAGGAGCAGAACCUGAAGCAGCGCGAGGAGGGCCUGCAGGAAGGGCGGGCGCGGGCCCAGCAGGUCCGCAGGGAGCGCGCCGAGCGCGCGGCGCGCACCAAGCAGCGGCAGGAGGGCCAGCUGCAGCGCGAGAAGCGGGAGCUGAGCCGGGCCGAGCGGGCGCGCCACGAGGCGCUGCUGCAAGGCCGGGUUCGGCAGGAGCACGAGGAUCGGGAGGGCCUGAGAAGCUCCCUGGAGGCCAGCCUGGGCCGCGCGCAAGAGAACUACGAGCAGUUGGUGGAGCAGCGCGCCCGGGAGCUGCGGGAGCGAGCCCGGCGGGAGGAGCUGCAGGGGCGGCGUGCCAAGGAAACCGCCGAGCGCAAAGAUCGCGAGCAUCGGGAGCACUUGGAGGCGCUGGCCCGGGUCGGAGAGCGGCGGCUGCAGCAUGCCACCCAGGCGGUUGAGGAGGCGGUGCAGCAGAAGGCGCGGCGGGUGGGCCAGAACCGGCUGGAGAAGGAGCGGACCCAGCGCGCCAACAAGGAGAAGGUGGACCGGGACGAAGACUGUCGCCGCCGGGAGCUGAUCCAGGCCAUCGGGCGCAAGCUGGAGCGUAGCGAGCAGCUGUCACGCGAGCGGCGGAGCGCGCUGGAGAGCGCGCGCUCCACGGCCCGGGCCUCCUUCCACGUGCGCGAGAAGGUUCGCGAAGAGACCAACACGCGCUCCUUCGAUCGCAUGGUGCGCGAGGCGCAGCUGCACGCCAGCCUGGACCGCAAAUGACCACCGACCACCCCCACCUCACCCCUGCCUAGUCAGACUGCCAGGCCGGGAUCCCUAAGGAGCUCCCGUCGUCGUGGCUUUGGCCGGCCCGUGGCGGUGAGUGCCAGUCGUGGCGCAGCCCCACGGUCAAGCCGGGCUGCCUCCUAACCAGCGAGGCCAAACGCCAGCCGGGGCGGACUUGUGAGACUCGUCACUCCGCCGCCGUCGUUUUUAAAUACUGACUUCAUUUGGAGACGAAUUAGCACAAUCUUUGACCAUGUUGACGCCCCACCCUCAAAUGCCUGUUGCCACGCUGCGGGUCUGUGGGGUUGGACUAAGGCUGCUGGGGCAAGGGAGCUAGGUUGGCACUGGGAGGAGGACCGCCGCGGAGAGAGGGCAGCGGUGACUGCCCCCUUCCUGCAGCGGUGGUCCCACGUCGUGGUGUCUGAGGCACCUCGUGGAGCUUGGACAGCGCACAAGGCAGAGCGACUUGACAGGAAAGCACAAUGGUGUUAGAGCACAAUCCGAGCCACUCCCGGAAGCGAUUGAUACGUGUGUGCUUGACGUUUCAUCUGCCACUCGCAAAAUUCUGUCUGACUUAUCCUAGCUUUUCUGUUGGUUUCCAUGGGUUUAGUUAGACAUCAGCUGCAGAUAAUGGUCCGUUUGUGUCUCCCCGCCCCCUCCACCACUCUCCUUACGCUCCCAAGUGGUAGAAGGAAUCCUUUGGUUUGGUGCUGCUGCAGGGCCAGAGGGGUCCCCCAGGCCCUAGGAGAGGCGGUCCUCAGGCAGCAGUGCCCCCCCUCCACUCCCAUUUUUGCAGGGUAGUCUUGGGCCAGCGUGUCAGCCGCUCCUGGGCAGACAGCAGCCAUGCCUUAAGAAGCAGAGUGACCCUCCGUGCCUGCCUGAAUCCUCAGCUGACCCUGCAGUCCCCUGGGCCUCAGGAGGUGGGGGGGCAGGGGCCCCUCUGUGAAGGAAUCAGUCCAUGGGCGAUUAAUUUCCUAUUGGUGACGGGCAGGCUGAAGUGGCCUCUUGGCUGUGGAGAACUGUGCUCACCUUGACUGCGGUGGCCUUCCUCCUCCUGCCCGUUCCUCUGUGAUGACAAAGAGAAUGUCCCCCCCCCCCACAUAACCCCCCGGAUCCCUCUCACCUACGACAGAAAGCAUUUGAGCCCUGUCUGUGCCUCGCCUUUCCCACGGGCCAGUCAGGGCCACCAUUACUCCUCUGGUACCUCAAGGGUUCCCGGAUCCAAGGCCACCUCAGUAUUACUUGUUGGUUGUCUUUGUGCCUUUCUUGACCUGGAGUUGGGAGGCAGGAGGAUUCUGCUGGCUGAGAUGAGUUUCUGGAAAUAUGGAUUCCUGGCCUUGGAAAAAGAAAUUCACUGCAAACAGUUGGUUUAUUCAGUCUCUGGGCGGAAGUUACUUGCAAGACCAGGCCAAACUGUCCAGACCUAUGGUCUUUGGGCGGCCUUAGUACUUCCUCCCAUGAACCAAACUCAGUCCCCAGCCAUAGACACCCACAGAUCCUGCCUCCAGCAGGGAAGGUAGGAAGUAGAGCAUUACUUUCUCCACUUAAUCGGAAUCAGGAAAUAAAUGUGACCAAAAAAAAAAAAAGAAGAAGAAGAAGAAGAAGAAGAAGAAAGCAUCAGGGUAAAGAACUACAACAGUAGAGAUACUUCAGUUAUUUUCUGCUGGGUAGAAUGAUCCUUAAAAUGUCUGUUCUCUCUCUCUAUCUCCUUCUCCCUCUCUCUCUCUCUCUCUCACACACACACACACUCACUCACUCACUCUUCCUUGCCAUCCCCACUCCCAGCAGGUAUAGGAGUAUUGUGUAGAAAGAUACAGUGCUUAGGUGUAUUAUAUUUUAAUUGCUGUGAAACCAGGAUAAGGUGCUGUUUUAUUUCUUCAAUGGGUAAAUUUUUUCCCUCAAAUUUUCUUGUUGUCAGUAACUGGGAUGUCAGUGCGCUGUGAUGUUUGGCGUUGUCUGUGAGUCAGGGGCAUUUAACUAAACGCUUCAUGUGA